CUUUGCAACGAACUCAUUCAGUGACACGCAAUCUUUAAAACAUUUUGAGAAGAGCUACAGGCUUGGAUACGCGUUUUAAUCGUCCUGAAAGGAAUACAGGUCGGAGAUGGCAAGUAAACGAAAACGUCGCGUUCCGCAAUGUGCUAGAUGCCGUUGUCACAAUAUCUUUGCAAGCGUCCGCGGUCAUAAGAGACAGUGUCAAUGGAAAGAUUGCACAUGCUCAAAGUGCAUGAUGGUGACAGAGAAGCGACGUGUGACGGCUGUUCGUGUCGCUGUCCUAAGGCGUGAGAGAAAGAGGAGAAUGUCAUACAGAAUGGGAACAAAUUCCUAUCAUGUUGGCUUGCCUGGUGCCUGGGGUAUGAUGGGACAUAUGCCUGCCUCCUGCACUGAUCAGUCAUUGCCAGAAAACCGAAUAAUGACUUUUGCCGGUGAUUCCUACUAUAAUGAAAUGCUUCAUAUGAAAUACCGGGGAAUGUUUCCUCACUACGAGAAUACCUACCACCACGUAUGCCCCGGGAACCGUUCACCCCGCCGCGACCAGAAACCAAGCAAGCAGGACAGGGGUAUUACACAAAACCUUGAAAGUUUCCAUCAUGAAUACGAAAGUUUUAUGCGAAAAUUAGGCGAUGACGAAUUGCCAUCGAGGCAGAGUAAGAUGAGGUCAUCAUCACCUCACUCAUCCCCAGAACCUCAUCGAGUAUGCAUUAGAUCAACAAGCCCACGUAGUCCAGUUGGUAUCUACAGAUCUUCUGUUGUACAUGGGCCAAUAUAUCAUCAUCCCGGAUUACCCCAUCAAAACCAUGUAUAUCAUCCAGUGAUGCUGAAUGCACCACUUACCCUAACUUGUCCAUGUCCUGUGAAAUCCCAGGACUCUCCUUAUGCAAACUGUAUGUAGUAAAUUGUCAAAAUAAAUUUGUCCAACACCCGUGGACGUUAAAUAACACGUAAUAUAUAAGUCAUUAAUUUGUAGUAUUCUUGUUGAGGGACAUGUUUAUGCCAAUAAUAGAUCCUCAUAGAAAAAUAUUUCAUACUCUUGACAUUCAGGCUUGUUGAAGAAUCAAGCUAACUUUGAGCACAAGAAAUAUAUGGUCAUUUAUUAGUUGGUGCACAUCGUGUAACAUGUUAACACGUAAUUCAA